CCACCGCUGUCGCCCACGGCCGCACCAUGGCCCUAAAGGCCGAGGGCGCCGCACUCGACUGCUUCGAGGUGACGCUCAAAUGCGAGGAAGGGGAGGACGAGGAGGAGGCCAUGGUGGUGGCCGUAAUUCCGCGGCCCGAGCCGAUGCUCAGAGUGACCCAACAGGAGAAGACCCCACCACCUAGACCCAGCCCGCUGGAGGCAGGCAGUGAUGGCUGUGAGGAGCCCAAGCAGCAAGUGUCUUGGGAGCAGGAGUUCCUGGUGGGCAGCAGCCCAGGAGGCAGCGGGCGGGCGCUGUGCAUGGUGUGUGGCGCUGAGAUCCGGGCACCCUCGGCCGACACGGCUCGCACACACAUCUUGGAGCAGCACCCUCACACCUUGGACCUGAGCCCUUCUGAGAAGAGCAACAUCCUGGAGGCCUGGAGUGAAGGGGUAGCCCUCUUGCAAGACGUGAGAGCUGAGCAGCCGUCCCCACCCAACUCAGACUCAGGCCAGGAUGCCCAUCCAGACCCAGACUCCAACCCAGACCCUGCCAGAAUGCCAGCCGAAAUCGUCGUUCUCCUUGACUCUGAGGAUAACCCAUCCCUCCCUAAAAGGAGCCGGCCCAGGGGACUCCGUCCCCUCGAGCUUCCUGCUGUCCCUGCCACAGAGCCAGGAAAUAAGAAGCCCCGUGGUCAGAGAUGGAAGGAGCCCCUGGGGGAAGAGCCAGUCAGAAAGAAAAGAGGCAGACCGAUGACCAAAAACCUGGACCCUGACCCAGAGCCCCCAUCGCCAGACUCACCCACAGAGACUUUCGCAGCACCAGCCGAGGUCCGACACUUCACUGAUGGCAGCUUCCCCGCCGGCUUCGUCCUGCAGCUCUUCUCCCACACCCAGCUCAGGGGCCCAGACAGCAAGGACUCACCCAAAGACAGGGAAGAGGCAGAAGGAGGCCUUCCCCAGGCAGAGAGCCCCUCUCCAGCUCCCCCUCCGGGGCUCCGCGGGACACUGGAUCUCCAGGUUAUCCGCGUGCGGAUGGAGGAGCCCCCAGCGGUCAGCCUCCUGCAAGACUGGUCCAGGCACCCCCAGGGCACCAAGCGUGUGGGAGCAGGUGACACCUCAGACUGGCCCACGGUUCUGUCAGAAUCCAGCACCACUGUGGCAGGGAAGCCAGAGAAAGGGAAUGGGGUGUAAAUUCUUGCUUUCCUGGGGAGGGAGGGAGCGGGGGAGGGAGGAGGCAGCGUCCCCCUGUGGCUUAUAACUCAGAGCUGCCUGGCUCACCCAUCUGGUGGAGAGAGUAGAAACAAGUGCCAGGGCAGGAGGGGGCUGGGGCAACAUCCACUGUUAUUUCGGGGCACUGAAAAGUGUCUGUUCCUGGCCAGGCCUGAGGUCGGCAAGGGUGGUUGAGGCUGUUGUGCAGUAGGGCACUGGGCCUGUGGAGAACACCUACCCCAGUCCUUCGCUGACCCCCACCUCUCUGUCCCCCGUGACCUCCUCCCACCCUCCCCCAGCUCCCCACCAUUCUCCCUUGGCACAGUGCCUUACACAAGAGUGGUCAUAAGGGGGUUUGAACUGAGUCCCACUACCUCGGGGGACACCUCCCCUCCCCACUUGUUCAGGCUCCUAAACCAGGAGGCCUCCAUUACCUCUUCCUGUCCCACCCCUGCAGAGGCCUGAAGCUGGGCCUG